AUGGCCCUCUUCGUGAUAUGGCUUGUUUUUGCCGGGUUUUCUCUCAGGCAAUUUCUAUCGAAUAUAACCCCCUGGCCCAACAGCUGGUCCUUCUCGAUCAAUGCGGACAAAAAGGAGCCAGAACGAAACGAGGCCGAUGUCUGCCUCACUCCUGCGUGUGUUCAUGCCUCGUCCGAGCUGCUUUACAACCUGUCGCCCGACUACAAGACCCUCGAUCCGUGCACCGACUUCGAGGAACUCGUGUGCGGAGGGUGGCGGGACCGUCACGAUCUGCGCCCCGACCAAGGUGAUGCCUUUACUGGCACCAUCAUGUCUGAGAAUUCUCAGAUGUUGCUCCGCCACAUUCUCGAAGCUCCAUAUCCCGGAUUGUCUGCGCAUUCCUACUUCUCUCCUGCCGCGCUCGACAGUGCGACUGGCUCUGUUGACAAGGAGAACUUCGACAAGCUUAAAGCUGCCUAUGAUGCCUGCUUGGAUGAGGACACCAUCAAGAAACUUGGGGUGGCCCCGUUAGUCGAUAUGGUCAACGCCACUUCGAACCAUUUCUCGUCCGGCAACCUUUCUUCCACCAUCCUGUUUAUGCUCCAGACGGGAAUGUCGACGGUGAUAUCUGCUGACACUGGCGCCGACGACAAGGACCCGGACACCGUGGUCGUCUCUAUUUCAGCUCCGUGGAGUGUCGGACUGCCGGCACAGGAAAUGUACGAAGACGAAAAGCUCGUGAAGAAGUACGAGGAGACGGCCUCGGAAGUGCUUUCAGCUCUCCACGAGCAAGCUGCUGCGUCUGCAGUGGAUGCUCAUGCUUUGGUGGAGUUUGAGAAGCAGCUCGCAAAGGCCUCACCAAGUGCUGAAGACCGCAACGACGUUACGAAAUACUACAACCCUAUGUCUCUGGCCGAUGCAGAUGCUCUCACUCCACAACUGAAGCUCUCGGAAAUUCUCGACAGUCUUGUCCCUGCGGACUACAAACUGGAUCGAGUUAUAGUCAUGGCUCCAGAAUAUAUGAAGAAGCUCAGUAAACUGCUGGAUGACACACCGCAGCAGACACUGCACUCGUACUUCAUCUGGAAGGCAGUCCAGUCAUAUGCUAGCUUCAUUGAGGCCGAUGCUGUUGCUCCCCUCAAAAGAUUUUCGAACGAAUUGGCGGGCAAGGAUCCAGAAACAAAACCGGAACGGUGGAGGACGUGCGUGUCCCAUGUCGACUUUGGCGUGGGCUGGAUCCUGAGCCGCUUCUUUGUCGAGAAAGCCUUCUCCGCCAAAGCCAAAGAAUUCGGCGACCAGAUUGUGUCCGAUAUCAAGGACCAGUUUAUCGAGAAGCUCAAGGUCACUGAGUGGAUGGAAAAGGAAGUGAUUGAGCUGGCCAUUUCCAAGGUCCACAACAUUGUCCAAAAAAUUGGAUAUCCAGACAAGAGCCCAAACAUUAUGGAUCCCGUCAGUCUGAAGAAAUACUACGCUCCUGUGAACAUUACGUCCUCGUCGUACUUUGGCAAUGCAGUGUCCGUCAUCCGUGCCGAGCUCGCCCGUGAGUGGGCGGCCCUCGGCAAGCCUGUGGACCGGAAUCAAUGGGAUAUGACUGUCCCGACUGUGAACGCAUAUUACAAUCCUCCGGGCAACGAAAUCGUUUUCCCAGCCGGGAUCAUGCAGUUCCCCGUGUUUGAUGUCGACGUCCCCCAGUAUCUCAGUUACGGCGCCUUCGGUUCGGUCUCUGGCCACGAGCUCUCUCACGCUUUCGAUUCCACCGGUCGCCACUACGACCAGAACGGUAAUUUCACCGACUGGUGGACGGAGAAGACGGUCGAGAACUUUAAGAAGCGCGCCGAGUGUUUCGUCGAGCAGUACUCCAACUUCUCUGUACCGGGACCCGACGACAAACCGCUCCAUGUCAAUGGUCGAUUGACUCUGGGCGAGAAUAUCGCCGAUGCAGGAGGUCUCUCUGCAGCAUUCGCGGCAUGGAAGAAGCGUGCGGCGGAGAAGCCAAACCAGGAUCUUCCCGGCCUGGAUUUCUUCACGCAGGAGCAGCUGUUUUUUGUGAACUAUGCCAAUUGGUGGUGCGGAAAGACCCGAAAAGAAACGGCCAUUCAACGCAUCUACUUGGAUCCCCAUGCGCCCAAGUUUGCGAGGAUUCUAGGAACGAUGGCCAACUCUCGAGACUUCAGGGAGAGUUUCCAGUGUGCGAAGAAGGAACCGGUGUGUGAACUGUGGUGA